CGUCGAGAAUAGCGCGGGAGGCAAGGGCCUUGGAUUUGUUUUUAGCUCCCCGGAGGAUAUUGCUCAUUAGCCACUCAGAGCCAGCGCCCUACGCUCCCUGGAAACCCCAGGCCUUCUAGAGACUGUCGGAAGUAUCCUUAAGAAAAUGACUAGAGGUCAGUGGCUGACGCGUUACUAUAGACACUCCGGGAUCUGGUAAACAGUUGCAAAAAUACGCGUCACCCGGAGCUGACGAGCUCCUGUGGCCCAAGGCAGAUCCCCUCCCUACGCAGCCCCGCCCACAGCCGGGAGUGGGCGGGUAGAUAGGCGACGUUGUCCAAUCACAGCUCGGGACGGGGGAUGGAAAAAAAUCUUCUCCAAUCACAGCUUGCAACCAGAUUGAUGUGUCUUUCCACCAAUCAUCACCGAGGCGUCACGGGGUUAUCGCGACGCGGGCCGUAGCCAACAUGGAGCCCACCGUGGGAUGAGGGGAAUCUGCUGUUGCUGGCUGUGCCUGUUUCCGCCCCAUCAUGUUGAUGCACCUAUUUCGGGCCGGGAUUCGGGGCGGCCCUGUCCCAGGCAGGUCGCUGUUUUCCCACCGGCUCCAGUCAUUCUCGGCCGUCAGGUCCCCAGAUAGCCAUCCCAGCUCCUGCCUGCUCAGGGCUGUGGCCCAGCUGCGGUCACAGCUGCAGACCCACCUCCGUCGUGCCCCACCAACUGCAGCCCGCAGCCAGGGCCCCAGUGCCUGGUGCUGGGUGGGGGCAGCCCUGGUGGGCCCUGUGGUGCUAUGCAAGCAGCCCCGCCUCUACCUGGUAGCCCUGUGUGAGGCACAGGAGGCCCCUCCAGCCCGCCCUGUGCCCCACGCUGCGCAGUCCCAAUUCAACUGGAAGCUCUUCUGGCAGUUCCUGCGCCCCCAUCUGCUGCUCCUGGGGGCUGCCAUUGUGCUGGCACUAGGUGCAGCCCUGGUGAAUGUGCAGAUCCCUCUGGCCCUGGGUGAGCUGGUCGAAGUUGUGGCCAAGUACACAAGGGACCACGUGGGGAGCUUCGUGUCCGAGUCCCGGAACCUCGGCACCCACCUGCUUCUCCUAUAUGGCAUCCAGGGACUGCUGACCUUUGGGUACCUAGUGCUGCUGUCCCACAUCGGCGAGCGCAUGGCCGUAGACAUGCGCAGGGCCCUCUUCAGCGCCCUGCUCCGACAAGACAUUGCUUUCUUUGAUGCCAAGAGGACAGGGCAGCUUGUGAGCCGCCUGACCACUGAUGUGCAGGAGUUUAAGUCAUCCUUCAAGCUUGUCAUCUCCCAGGGGCUGCGGAGCUGCACCCAGGUGGCUGGCUGCCUGGUGUCCCUGUCCUUGCUGUCCCCACGCCUCACGCUGCUGCUGCUGAUCACCACACCCGCCCUGAUGGGCGUUGGCACCCUCAUGGGCUCUGGUCUCCGAAAAUUGUCCCGCCUGUGUCAGGAGCAGGUUGCCAGAGCAACAGGCAUAGCGGAUGAGGCCCUGGGCAACGUCCGGACGGUGCGCGCCUUCGCCAUGGAGCAGCGGGAAGAGGAGCGCUACGGAGCAGAGCUGGAGCGGUGCCGUGCAAAAGCGGAGGAGUUGGGCAGGGGCAUUGCCUUGUUCCAGGGCCUUUCCAACAUCGCCUUCAACUGCAUGGUUCUGGGCACCCUUUUUGUUGGGGGCUCCCUGGUAGCUGGACAGCAGCUGACGGGGGGAGACCUCAUGUCCUUCCUGGUGGCCUCGCAGACAGUACAGAGGUCCAUGGCCAACCUCUCUGUCCUGUUUGGUCAGGUGGUGCGGGGCCUCAGUGCAGGUGCCCGUGUCUUUGAGUACAUGGCCCUGAGUCCCUGCAUCCCACUAUCGGGGGGCCACAGCAUCCCCAAGGAGCAGCUGCGAGGCUGUGUCACGUUCCAGGACAUCAGCUUCAGCUACCCCUGCCGCCCCGGCUUCCAGGUGCUGAAGGACUUCACUCUGACGCUGCCCCCUGGCAAGAUCGUGGCCCUUGUGGGCCAGUCCGGGGGAGGAAAGACCACAGUGGCUUCCUUGCUAGAGCGCUUCUACGACCCCACGGCUGGUGUGGUGACGCUGGACGGGCACAAUCUGCGCACACUUGACCCCUCCUGGCUCCGGGGCCAGGUUGUCGGCUUCAUCAGCCAGGAGCCAGUUCUGUUUGGAACAACCAUCAUGGAGAACAUCCGCUUCGGGAAACUGGAAGCUUCGGAUGAGGAAGUGUAUGCAGCUGCAAAGGAGGCCAAUGCCCAUGAGUUCAUCUGCAGCUUCCCCGAUGGCUACAACACCAUCGUCGGUGAGCGAGGCACAACUCUGUCUGGUGGCCAGAAGCAGCGCCUGGCCAUCGCCCGGGCACUCAUCAAGCGGCCCACAGUGCUGAUUCUAGACGAGGCCACCAGUGCCCUGGACGCGGAGUCUGAGCGGGUGGUGCAGGAGGCACUGGACCGGGCCAGCGCUGGCCGCACGGUGCUGGUCAUUGCACACCGGCUCAGCACUGUGCGCGCAGCCCACUGCAUCGUUGUCAUGGCCAAUGGCCGGGUCUGUGAGGCUGGGACCCACGAAGAGCUCCUGAGGAAAGGUGGGCUGUACGCCGAGCUCAUCCGCAGACAGGCCCUGGAUGCCCCGCUGCCAUCGGCCAUGCCUCUGGAGACCCUAAGAGACCCCCAGAACCACUGGCACAAGACCUGAGAGAGACUCCAGGGUCUGGUCGCUGCCUCCUACCAGGGCGAGGGCCGAGUCCCUGGAGGGCCACCAUGGGCUGCUGCUCCCCCCACACACACACAAUAAAGCUGGACUGUGGCUGGCUCGGAGUUGGGCUCUCUUCCGCCACUCUGCCCCUGCCGCCCCCUUCCUACCCUCACACCAGGGUUGUUGGGCUGACCACAGGUCAGCUACACCGAAUGAAGUUGCCUGGUCCCAGUUCCUUGGGAUAUUGAAUGCCAGGGCCCUUCCCCCAGCCAGGGGCUUGCUUGCCUCACCCGCCUGAGGACUGUUACCCAAGCGCUCCUGGCCCCAGCCCACAGCCUCUGCCUUCAUUGUCCCAACCCCAUGACCUCAGACCCCACAGUCCUGAUCCCCACCAGCCACCCUGCAAGGACCCACACCUGCCAGGGCCAUGCCUGGUCAGGGUAGGAUGCAGGACGAGUGGUCCUUUCCUGUAGGAAAUGCCUGCCUGCUUCACUGGGAACCACUGCCCUCUGUGCCUUGAAUCUGACCCCUGAGACUGAAGCCAGCUUCCCACCCCACUGAAGGAGGCUGAAAGAGACCAGGUGUGGCCCAGCCAAGGAGCCUGUUGCCCCAGGGUGAAUGGGGCAGGCCUGGCUUCCCCUAGGAGCAUCUGGAGCCAGGCACACUGGAAGGGCCCUUGGACUGAGCCUGUGCUGAGGGUGGAGCCAAGAGGCCCUCAUGUCCCUGCGCUGCUGCAGCUGCACCUGCCCUCCUCACACAUCUCCCCAGCAGGGCUGGUAGCUCCCUGCCUUGACACUGGCCACAUCAUUUCCCACUAGAACCCUCCUCUGUGCUGCUGUGUCCAAGCAGUGGCACUCAUGGGGCUGCUCUGCAGGGCAGGAAGACGGGGUCCCUGUGCUGCACCUGCACUGCCUGCCAGGCAUUUAGGGUCUUCCUGUGGCAAAAGAGUGGCUCCAUCUUCCAUGUGGCAGUGGCAGUGGGACCGACAGAGCAGAGGCUGCUGCUGGGAGGCCAUCUGGAGGAGGCGCCUGCAGCUUGGACCAUGGCUUAGGACCAGGUGCUGCUAUGGGGACGCACCACACGUGCCCCACAGCCAGCUGCCUGGUGACCUCAGCCUGCCACCCGCACCUGCUCCGUAGAGAUCAGCAGCCAGGCUAUGCUUGGAUUUGAAGCCUCCUCAAGGGUUAACUGGGAGUUGAACCUAUAAUCCCGGGACUCAGGAAGCUGAGGCAAGGGAAUCAGUGAUGAGGCCGAGGA